AUGAAGCCGAUUGCGCUGCUACUCUUGGUGUUGUCCAUUGCUGCUGCCGGUUUACCAAGUGCGCAUGGGGUCGUGGUUGCUGCGCAAGCUCACCUCCGCCACCUGGACGACCAGCAACCGGAGCAAUUGGAGCAACCUAUCGUGCAGCCUAGCAUGUCGCAUGACACAUCGGUGUCAUCCGCGAACAUGCGUGGAGGCACUAUAACUGCAAUUAAUACUGAUGCUAUGGACGACAACACGGACAUCUUGAUCGUUCGUUGCAUCCGCGGUUCGUUGAACUGGCCGAGUUGCUGCGUUCGUGGGUCCCCGUUCUGGCCAGCUUGCCGUUUCCACCGCUGUUUCCCUGGUGUGCCAGACUGGCCGCGUUGCACGCGCUUCCGUAAAUAAGUCGGAAGUCACGUGAAAUCACUCUGGAGAAAGCAAGUGAUUGCGCCCCGCAAGCGCUGAUGUUGUCUUGGUGAACAAUCCACUCGAGAUGGAAGCCAACAUGAACUAGUGUGUCGUAUGGAGAGAAAUCCUACUAGCAGCAAGAAAUCCAGAUUUAGUGAAGAAGUAGGACGGAUCAUGAAAACUAAAAGUUCACAG